UUCCUGAAAAAACAUGCAAGACAGAACGAGCGACUUGAGAAAGACAGAAAAUCUACAAGGAGGACACGAUUUAGAAGACAGAGAAAGCUUGGCUGGUUUUUUUUUCUGGUUUAAAAAAAAAAAAUUACUUCACAACUGCCUCUUCAGGAUCCGUUACUUCAAACAAUAUUGAUGCCUGAGCAGUUGUAAGAGUAGGCCUACACCCUCAUCAUUACAGCCAGACAGGACACACUACCAUGGAGGAUAUCACCCUGACCAAGUGGUUUAAGGUGAAAGAAUACGACCAGAAGAGUGAGCAGCGGUCAGAGAAACAUAAGGGACUACGGGGACGCAACAACGUUACUUCCUGUCGGAGCCCAACCAGAGAACUGGACACACGGUGGAUCAAGAAGGAGCUGAGGCGGAAGAGACAGCAGGAAUUCAAUAUAAGACGAUCAGUCAGCCCAGAAAGGGCCAAAGACUCUGGAAAGGUCAAGGACGACAGUUGUGUCAUCUGUGACACAGCCAAGUCAGAGACGGUGGGGGCUAAGGUCAGCGUGACCCCUAAGUCAAAUUUGCAUGGGUCACAAAGGGCCAAAGACUCUGGAAAGGUCAAGGACGACAGUUGUGUCAUCUGUGACACAGCCAAGUCAGAGACGGUGGGGGCUAAGGUCAGCGUGACCCCUAAGUCAAAUCUGCAUGGGUCACAAAGGGCCAAAGACUCUGGAAAGGUCAAGGACGACAGUUGUGUCAUCUGUGACGAAGCGAAGACAGAGUCUUUGCAGUGUAACAUCAAUUGGCCUAUGCCUCCUGGGCUUAUGUCCAAUGUAAGGCCAUUGACAAUGGGUCGAAGAAUAAAGACAUCCACAGAUGACCUGGACAACAGUGAAUGGGCCUCAAUAUGGAAAAAUGAGAAGAGCAGUACUAGAACACUAGAGUCAGUUUCCUCCACCUUCACCACCUUCACCACCUCGACCAGAGAACCACCCACCUCCACCUUCACCACCUCGACCAGAGAACCACCCACCUCCACCUUCACCACCUCGACCAGAGAACCACCCACCUCCACCUUCACCACCUCGACCAGAGAACCACCCACCUCCACCCCAACCAUCUGCACCUCGACCAGAGAACCACCCAUCUCCACCCCAACCUCCACCCUGAAGACGUCCACCCCGAGCAGAGAACUAGUCCAGCCCAGGUUAAAAGCCUUGACAAAACAACCACCCACCUCCACCCCUACAUCCACCCCUACCUCCACCCCUACGUCCACCCCUACCUCCACCCCUACCUCCACCCCUACGUCCACCCCUACCUCCACCCCUACGUCCACCCCUACCUCCACCCCUACCUCCACCCCAACCUCCACCCCGAGCAGAGAUCUAGUCCAGCCCAGGAAAAAAGCCUUGACAAAACAACCACCCACCUCCACCCCUACCUCCACCCCUACCUCCACCCCUACCUCCACCAACCUCCACCCCGAGCAGAGAUCUAGGCCAGCCCAGGAAAAAAGCCUUGACAAAACAACCACCCACCUCCACCCCUACCUCCACCCCUACGUCCACCCCUACCUCCACCCCAACCUCCACCCCGAGCAGAGAUCUAGUCCAGCCCAGGAAAAAGCCUUGACAAAACAACCACCCACCUCCACCCCUACCUCCACCCCUACCUCCACCCCAACCUCCACCCCUACCUCCACCCCUACCUCCACCCCAACCUCCACCCCGAGCAGAGAUCUAGUCCAGCCCAGGAAAAAAGCCUCCACGAAGAAAGAAAAGGGCAUCCUGAAGGGUACAGGAGAUAAGAAGACACAGCAAGAAGCCAACACACAAACAGAGUCUGGCUAUGUUACCGUCAAAGAAUCUGAAGUUAUUCAGCUGGAUGUUUACUUGCAGGAGGCUCUAUGGAGAGAGGAGGUCCUGAAGAAGAAGUUGGCUGUUCUCCAGAAGCGUGGCUCCACCCUGCUGCGAUACUCUGACAACCUAUGGGCUACGAGCUGCAACGAAGACCUCCUAAAGAACCAGAUCAGAGCCUUGGAAGCACAGCUGCAAGUCUGUCUGCAGAAACAGAAGCUCCCCUUGGAUGGAGUGAAGAAGCUCGUGCUACAGAUGGAGAACCAGAAGGGAGCGUAUGAGGAGAAAGCCUUAGAGGUCAUCCAGAGGGCUACAGAGGAGAAAAGGGAAGCUCUCAGUCAGGCCGAGACACUCGAGAUGUUGCUGCAGGCAGCCAGGGUGGAAGCAGCACAGUGGCAGGGUCUGUGUGAGGAAAUGAAGGAGAGCUCAGAACAGCUGAAGAAGAAACAGGAGAUCAGCUCUGAACAGGUUCUACAACUGCAGAACCAACUGGAGCUGGCCAGGGGUCAGGAGGCGGGGCUGAGGGAGGAGCUGGGGGCAGUACAGCGAGUGGAGGAGGAGUUACAGUCCAACAUUGUUCUGCUGGAAGAACAGAACCAGAACCUGAGGGACCAGAUCCAUGAGAUGAGAGAUGCCAGAGCUGACACUCAGGAGGUGUCCCUGGAUGAAUCCUUGGUCCAGUUGGAUGUGUCGCUGGAGCAGUCGGAGGAGGAGGAGACCCUGGCCCAGUUGGAGCGGACCCUGGCCCAGUUGGAUGUGUCUCUGGAGCAGUCGGAGGAGGAGGAGACCCUGGCCCAGCUGGAUGUGUCUCUGGAGCAGUCGGAGGAGGAGACCCUGGCCCAGUUGGAUGUGUCUCUGGAGCAGUCGGAGGAGGAGGAGACCUUGGCCCAGCUGGAUGUGUCUCUGGAGCAGUCGAAGUCGGAGGAGACCCUGGCCCAGUUGGAGCGGACCCUGGCCCAGUUGGAUGUGUCUCUGGAGCAGUCGGAGGAGGAGGAGACCCUGGCCCAGUUGGAUGUGUCUCUGGAGCAGUCGGAGGAGGAGGAGACCCUGGCCCAGCUGGAUGUGUCUCUGGAGCAGUCGGAGGAGGAGACCCUGGCCCAGUUGGAUGUGUCUCUGGAGCAGUCGGAGGAGGAGGAGACCUUGGCCCAGUUGGAUGUGUCUCUGGAGCAGUCGGAGGAGGAGGAGACCUUGGCCCAGCUGGAUGUGUCUCUGGAGCAGUCGAAGUCGGAAGAGACCCUGGCCCAGCUGGAGCGGACCCUGGCCCAGCUGGAUGUGUCUCUGGAGCAGUCGGAGGAGGAGACCUUGGCCCAGCUGGAUGUGUCUCUGGAGCAGUCGGAGGAGGAGACCCUGGCCCAGCUGGAGCGGACCCUGGCCCAGUUGGAUGUGUCUCUGGAGCAGUCGGAGGAGGAGGAGCUGAUUGUAUCGUCACAGCAGAAGCAGCUAUUAUGGGGAGAUGGAGAUCAGGUUCUGGAGCAGCUCCGUCACGCUCUGGACCGAUUACAGCUGAAGGAGAGGGAGUGUGAGGAGCUGCAGAACGAUCUGGAAGCCGUGGAGGCAGAGUGCCAGUCGUGCCAGGUCCGUCUGACGCAGUGCAGGGACGAACUCCGACAGCUCAGCCACCGACACAGCAGCAGGGUGUGCAGGAAGCCCUGUGUCUCGUGGAUAUGGCUCUGUGUUCUACUACCACUGCUCCUGUCCAUGGUGGCGGUGGCCAUCUUGUGGGCGUGGCAUCCUCCCUUCAAGGACCAAGUCCAGGACCUGUACUCAGCUGUAGAGGAACACAUAGAGGACUAUCUAAUGCAGGCCGCCUCUCCACAACACGUUGGCUGCUUCAGGCCUGUCUGACCACAGCACUAGCCUGAGUCCCACAUCGGUUGGGGCUCUCUUGCCAACUCUAAGACAUUGGACUUGACAAGACAGUACAAAGAGAUCUGGGACUCAGGCUACCACAGCUCAGGUUUAUGAUUUAUAGUUUGAUUGAGUUUGUUUCGUGUAUAUUAGGAAUUUUUGUUAAGUUAUUAUUAAUUUAUUUUUUAAAGAAAAAAAUCUAGCAAAAACAAUCCAAAUGAUAAAAGACAAAACAAUCUAUUAAUUUAAUUUAUAUUUAUAACUCAGAACGUUUGUGUGCCUUUAUAGAUGAAUUGAGAAUGACAACUAAGAAUUAGUUGCUUUUGAUUUCAACUUUGAAGUAGUCUCUCUGCAGAUAUAGUUUGAUUGACUUUAACAUGAAUGUUUACAAUGUUACACAUUACACAAACUCUGGGAUACAAAUAACAAUUUACUGCCUAUCAGUGAAGGCUGCUGAGAGGAGGACGGUUCAUAGUAAAGGCAGGACUGGAGUCAAUGGAAUGGAAUCAACCCACAUGGAAACCGCAUGUUUAGAUUCCAUUCCAUUGACUCCAGUCCAGCCUUUACUAUGAACCGUCCUCCUCUCAGCAGCCACCAAUGCUACAUAAGCAUCAUUAUGUAAAGAUUGUUCAAUAUCUGUGUUUGAAAUGAUUAUAUUUGACUAAUGCACCUCAUAUUUUAGUUGGACACAAAAAAUCGUUGCAGAUCAUGAAAAAUCGUUAGAUGAGUAUCACAAUAAGUAUUCUGUUUUGUGUCAUUUUGUUUGAGAAACAGAGAGCGGGAUUCAAUCCGAUCCGCUGUAGGAUCAGCGUUGUAGCGCGUUUGACAUUUAAAGGUCACUCCCGAGGUGACAUAUGCAGAGUUUACCGUGAAUGCAGUGUGAGUGUGGAAACAUUGCCUUUAAAAGGUGCGAUCGGAUCAGAACUCGGCCAUAAUGUUAAUGAUUGUGUUUACAUUAUUGUCACAAGUGCUGUCCAUUUUUGUGGAGUUUGUGGAAAUCGACUGUAAUAAAAUGACUGUAGAAGGUCCAA